CAGGUGAUGGCUGUCUUGAUGAUUAACUAAACUCUAGAAAAAUAUAUCACACUGCUCGAGAUUUGACAGUGCUCGGGACAUUGUGGCUCGCACUCUAUUGAUGUGUGGAUCUGAUAUAUCGCUGAGGUCUUCAGUCCUGACAUGUCAUAAUCAAAAGUACUUUAAGGCAACUUACAUUGCGAAUGCAAAUGGUUCCUCUGGCACGUAGUACACAUCAGCCUGUGCUUCACAGUCACGAUGACCUGUGCUCCAGAGCUUACACCUGAGGAUCAUGACGAUCUGCACUUUUCCAAUCACAUGCUCGCUGGAGCAGUCGCUGGGACGCUGGAGCACACCCUCAUGUUCCCAGUGGAUACAGUCAAGACGCGUAUGCAGGCACUUGCACACCCAGGACAGAGGCUGCAUGGAGUGCCAACCUUCAGGGCGGUGCAAGCGGUGCUCAGGAGAGAGGGCAUUCGGGGGCUCUAUGGGGGAGUGGCCGCAGCAGGCCUCGGAGCAGGGCCAUCGCAUGCAGUGCAUUUUGCGGUGUACGAGGCGGCCAAGCGAUGGCUGGGCAGCAACGCGGAGAACGGAUUUGCGGGCGCGGCUCUGUCGGGAGCGACGGCGACUGUCAUUAGCGACGCAUGCAUGACUCCCUUUGACGUCAUCAAGCAGCGGCUUCAGGUGGCACACAGCCCUUACAGUGGGUUCCUAGACUGCCUGAGGAGGACGGUGCAACAGGACGGCGUGUCAGCGCUCUUCAAAUCCUACCCCACCACACUGCUGAUGAACAUCCCUUUCAUGGCGAUCUACUUUGCCAGCUAUGAGGGCGCCAAGCAGGCGCUUAUAGAUCACUCGCGAGGCGAGGAGACGCUACUAAUCCAGGGCGUGGCGGGGGGUGCGGCGGGGGGCGCUGCGGCCGCUUUAACGACCCCUCUAGAUGUCGUGAAGACCCGGCUGCAGCUGGAAGGCGUCAGCAGCCCCGUGCGCUACGUGUCCAUGAACGUGGUGAGCACAAUGCGGCACAUAGCGGCGGCUGAGGGGCACAAGGCGCUUUGGGCGGGGCUGCGGCCGCGUGUGCUCUUCCAUGUACCGGCAGCCGCCAUCACCUGGAGCUCCUACGAGACCAUGAAGCUGCUUCUGCGCGAC